AUUGCAUUUCGGGAUUGCGUUACUUAGCAUAUCCAGUUUAUGUGAGAUUAAUCAUUAUUAAGGGAUUGUUAUUACGGCUCGUAUAGCCACUUCUUUGAUGAACAAAUGGUUACCCAUGUUUUUGUCAUCGGACAUAGCAAGCUCUACUGACGUACUUUUAUUGUGUCGUGACAGAUACAUGUAAUCAGCCAACUAUUCAAAUCUCCAACCUAACAUGUUAUCUUGUGUGUAAUAUGUAUAUUGUAAAUAAUAUAAGUUUUAGUGAUCAUAAUGUCUAGCCCAAUAAACAAAUCUAAAGAGUCGAAGGAUUUGAUUGAUUUUGAUUGCGAUUUUAACAGUCCUACUCAUAAGUUUUCGGAGAUACAGUUAAUGUUCGACCCCUUAAUUCCGACGUCUGUUGCUUCAGAUAAAAGCAAAAAAAAUUGCCAUGUUUUUCUCAAUCCUUAUGCCGAGCCUUCGGAUACCUCAAAUGAAUGCAAAACUGAACAUUCGCCUUUCGAUUUGAUGUUGGAAUAUUCAUCAGGUCCCAUUGGAUCUCAUCUCGUGAAACCAGAUGAAUUACUUCUGCCUCACAAAGUAAAGGAUGCUGAUAAUGUUCUUAAAGAUGAAAAUUUCCAUUUAUCACAUAAAAAUCUUAUUUUUCCAUCGGUUAUGGAUGUGCAAUACGAUACCUGUUCAGCGAAGCCACAAGUUAGCACCAGUUCAGAAAUUGAUUUGAAAGGAAAUCAACAUGAUUUGUUUUCAUUUUCUCAAACUGUUACUCCAUGGUGCCUUCGCAAGGAUGACAAAAAUAAUCCUCAUUGUACAACGAUUAAUCAAGAAGGAUUGUCUUCAACAACACAACUGACUCAUUUUAUUGCUAACAGUCAACCUACAGACGAAUUGAAACUAUUUGUUAGUUUUGUUCAAAGCCUGCGACGGCAAAAGUAUAAUAAGCCAAAUACGUCUACAUUGAUCAGUGAUCUUGAUAGUGAUUCUAAACAAAAUGAAAACAAUUCCGCAUUUGUAUAUUCACCUCCAGACACUUGGGCAUAUGAUUGUGUCUACAGUGAUUCUGUUACAAAUGUAAUGUUAAAAAAUUCGCACACAAGCAUUAAUUUACUUUCGUUAACUUCCAAUUCAGCUGGAUAUCAACAGAUGAAUCCGUUAUGGAAGACAGAAACUGCCGCCUCUAAUGUAUCAUAUAUAUAUCCUAAAUGUAAAGAAUAUUUCGGUUCUCAAAAUAACACUCCUGCUCAUUGGACUAAUACACCACGUUGGUGUAUUCCUCAAUUAGAAGUACGCAUUACAGUGCAUUUAAAUACUAGAAAAAAGUCAUAUCAAAGUUUCACUACAAAUAAUUCAAAUUCAGUCAAUUCAGAAACUACGAAUAAUUCUCCAGUCAACCCUCGGUUACGUUUAGUUUGUGAUCCUACAUCCACAUUAGUCAAUGAACUUAUGUUGGAAGCACUUGCUAACGAUUUGAUUCCACAAGAAAUUGUUCUGGAUGUCAAUCAUUUUCAAUUACGUCUUCAAGGAAGAGCUGAACUAUUACGUCCAGAUGCUCGUUUAUGUGAUUGUUAUCAGGUUCAGCUCUGUCAUCGAUUGGAUCAACCACUGAGAUUAAUUUUAGAACCAAAAGACGUUGAUCAACCAUAUAUGGAAAAAACUCUCAGUACUAAUGAACUAUUCAUUCCUCAGAAUUUCUUCACAAAUAAUCGACCAACACCUACUGAAGAAGAUAUAUUCAUCAGUUAUAGCGUAUUUCAAAAUGCGCUGGAAAAGUUUCGAUCAUGUAUUGUGGAAAAUUAUGCACAAGUGGAUAGUGAAUCAUGGUUAAAAGAUGUUCACUGUGCCAGUUCAAGUUUAUGUCAGUCAGUAAAAGCUGUUUUAGCAGCUGUCUGUUAUGGUAUGGCUUUUUCUGAUGUUAUCAAUGCAUUAGGAAACAUACAAGUGUGUAUAAUGGAUAUUGUAUAUGAUAUUGGUUUAAAUAAUAAAGUAACCGGUUUCAAGCGUCACGAUAAUAAAAAUUUUAACAGCUUUCGUAGCGAUAGUCAACAAAAUACUACACAGGAAAAUUGGUUUUCAUCAUCCUAUAAGCGAAAACAGACUAGGACUUCUCCAACACUUGUAUCCAAUCUUCAGUCCACCAUUAAAAACACAAGCAAAACACUAGUCAAUUUAAAACGUGAUAUAAAGCCGCAAUCAAGAAAGAAGCUACAUAAUUUGAUUUUAUCGUUGACUAAAAAUCUUCUCUGUCAACUAAGUGCAUUUUUUAUAUGGCGUCAAGUUAAUAUCUCAGUAAAUCCUCAAUUAAUUGGGAAUAGUAAUUUUUUAUCCAAUGGUGUAUCGAAUGAAUCAUUUAGUUAUCUGACUAAUAAACAGCUUUAUCAUACCAAAAAUGGACGCCCUAAAGCUAUGCUCAUAACGGAUGAUGUUGAUGGCGAAUUUUUCAAUGAUCGUCAACAGUCUGAACAGAAAAAAGAAGUGAAAAGUUCCAUCGAUUGUUUAGAUGCUAUAGUCGUUGGGCUUAUCGCUAUACACAAUCCUCCACCACGUAAAACAAUUGGAGCCUAUAAUUCAAAUGUAAUCAGUAACAAUACAACUGUUAAUUCAUCUUUAUCUAGUUCAUCAUCUCCUAAUCAAACCAAUCCUAAUACAUCGUCAACAAGAACAGAUGGCUAUUAUUGUGUACGUCUUGGUUUAGUGUACGCUGGACGACCACUAAGCAAGGUAUAUCCCAGUGCAUUGACUACUCAUCAUGACAAUAUAAAUGAUAAUCAUUAUAGAUCAUCACCUUAUAAAAAUCACGCGAAGGAGAUUUCUUGGACUAGCAAUCAUUUAUCACGUGACAGUCAAAAUAAAUGCACUAGAGAUUAUUUCAUCAGUGAUCCUGGUCGUUAUCAGACAAUUCAAUCCGGUUUUCCUAAAGUUUUACAAUUUGACCAGUGGUUUAAAUUUCCAAGUUUCACUAUUAGUCAACUUCCACGAGAAGCAAUGUUAGCUAUUAGUUUAUUUUGGUGUAAGAAAUUGAAUACGGACAAUUCUGAUGUUGACGGGACGUUAAUCGGUUGGGUGAAUUUACCUUUAUUCGAUAUAAAUGGUCGAUUAAAGCAAAACACAAUGAUUGUUGGUCUUUGGCCACCAUCUGAAUUAAUGCAUGAAUAUCGGCCUACAUGGUCCCAAUCAAAUAGUUCACCAGGAUGUCCAGUUGUACAGCUUUGUUUUCCUGAAUAUCAAUAUGAAAUUGAAUUCCCAGUCAUUAUCCAAUCAGAAAGUGAAUUGGAGAACUCUAAUGAAAUACAAGUUUCAUCGUUUCAUUCACUUUGUUCCAAUGCAAAACAGUCGAUAAAUGAAGCUAAAUCUGCUAUUUUCAUGCAAAUAUUAAAUCCAGAAUUAUCAUUUAAAUCUGUUGAUGGAUGUUUAAUGGCUUAUAGUGCAGCAUCAUCAUCAGUGCAUCUAUCUAAACGACAAGAACGUGUCCCAAUCCCUGUCUUACAUUUAGCUGUACUCAGUUCUAUGAAUUCAUCUUUUAGUCAGUACAACGGAAAUGUGAUUGGGAAUAGUAGUUGUAACAGUGGUAUCAGCGGUAGUGGUAGUGGAUCAAGUGGCCAUCUUGGCAACAACUCUAAUUCCAGUAAUAAUAAUAAUAAUCAUAAUAAUAAUAACACUAAUAGUUGUAAUAGUAGUAACAAUAGUAUUUGUAAUAAUUUAACAACAUGUAAUAUCAAUUCAGUCGCUUGUUAUCUACCAUGUCCACCUGCAAUCGCUAUUGAAGUUUUAUGGAAUUUACGUUAUUCUAUGUGUGAUGUACCUGAUGCUAUGAUUGCAUUUGUUAUCAGUUGUCUAGUUAGUUGGCCACAAGCAACAAGACAGAAUUUAAAAAGUUAUACAGAUAAAUGGUGUUGGCAAAAAUUACUGAAAGAAAUAUACAGUCUUUUAGCAGUCACUCCAGUACCUUAUCCUGGUCUCAUUCUACGUCUACUUUCAUCGGAUGUUGCAGAUCAAGGUAUACGUCAUUGGGCUACUAGAGCAUUGUCAUUACUGUCAUCAGAUAAUCUUCUUUUAUAUCUUCCUCAAAUAAUUGAGGCUGUAAACCAUGAUUUAUACCUUGAUUAUUCUGGUUUAGUAAGUUUACUCUUAUAUAGAGCUGCAUUUUCAAUGCGAUUCGCCAAUUCUUUAUAUUGGUAAGUUAUGAAUAAUAAGAACUAAUAAAUUAUUACGUUAUGUAAACUGUAUGGUGGAUAUGUUGUACACUGAUGACAAAUUGACGAACCCCAUCGAUACAGUUACAACGAAUCGUGAUUAAGCCAAGUAUAAUGCUUAAAUUGUGAAUUUUUUAGAUUGUCCAAGAAUUUAAGUUAUCGGUUUUACCGAACGAAUUCAUUAAAUGAUAGGAUUAAGUUACAAGUUAAGAAUAAAGUACACAACGAAAGUGUAUUCUUUUUAAGCAUCUCUGAAUAUAAACUAGAUUCAGUCAACAGUUAUAUCGCAGAUUUUCUCAUAAUAACUAAACAUUGUCAAUACUAGUUAAAAUACUCAUUUUGAAUUGGUUAACUAACUGGUCAUCUACAAUUCCUUGAAACAUUUUAAAAUCAGAGAAAACUUGGAAGUACUUUGACUAAUUAACAUUUUCGUAAAAAUUCUAAAAAAACCUUUAGGAAGUGAUUGAUUUUAGUUUCGAAAUUUGACUGUACAGUUACCAAAUAUCUCAAUGACUUUAAUAUCAUUGAUGGAAGCCACUAGAAAACCAGGAUCUUCUAAAACCAUACAUAUACAUCUAUUUUCUGUACAUCAACUAACUUGUCAACUACAACUUUUUUCAUAUCUUCUAUUUUCUGUUUUCCGUCGGGUUUUCGAGAAUCAAGAAAGGUUUAGUCUAGGAAGGGGCUAAUGUGUCCGUUCCUAACGCUCUCGGUGCAUGUGACGGAAUAAGCAGAAGCAGUCAUACUUUUCAUAUUUAUAUCUAUAAGUCAUAGUAAAUGCUCUAAGUGUUUCAAUAUUUCUUUACCUAUCCAUAUUUUGCCUUAUGUAUUAUGAAAUAUUUGAGCAAUAAUAAUAAUGUAUAUACUGAAAGGUAUUCACAAAUUUUUUGCCGGUUUUAUAGCCACAGUCUUAACGAUAUAACAAAACAUUUAUGCAUUGAGUAGGUGUUAAUUACGGUAUUUAUCACGCCAUUAUUCAGAUAAUAUAUCAAAAUAUGUACAGUCACUUAAUUACUAUUGAUUAAGAGGUCAUACAGCGUUGGCUAUUCAUAUGAAUCAGUAGAUAGCAUUUGUAGGCGGACAAUUAAUUAAAGCUUUUCAUUUGCAUUAAUUAUACCCGGAAUUCGGAUACAGUCAUUAAGAUGCUUGUAUCUUGAUGAAUUACUAUUAUACUAUUUCUACUAUUAGAUCAGGUUCGUCUCUAAUGAAUUGGUGAUUCAGAAUGACGGAGGCGAAACGAAGAAUAUCAACAAGAUCAGUCUACGUGUUUAUCUAUUUAUGUAACAUGAAGGGGUUCACCUAUUCAUUAUUAUUUUUAUGUUGUUGUUUUGUAAGUCGGUUAAAACUUAUUUUUGAGAAUUUUUUUCAUUUUCACGACGGAAUACUAGUUAUUUGUUGGUCUUAUUUACACUGACAUGGAAUUCCUUUUAAUGUUUAAGGUAUCUUUAUCCAAUGCUACAUCAUCCUCAACCAUUAUCUGAAUGGAAAUUACAACGUUUUCGUUUUAUUCAAGCCGCUCUAUAUUGGAAUGCAAAUUCUAGACUUCAUGCUAUGUGGAAACGUCAAGAGGAAAUGAUUAAUCAUUUGUCUGUAACUGGUAAAUAUUUAUACUUGACCGUUUUUCAUAAUUUUACUCCUCGGAUUGCUUUUAUUACAUAUUGUCUAUGACCAAAUAUUCUGUUAUUUUCUUAUCUUAGUUUGAUAAUGAUGAUAAUCGUAAUAAGAAGUAGACUUCCAGCAAUUCAUCGCUUCGCAUUAUCUUCACAUUUUCCUGACCAAUAAAUGAAUAUAUGAUUUAAACAAAUAUUGUGUUAUUGUAGGCUUCUACAUUUUAGUGUAUAUUGUCAUGUCUUUAUUUUUUGAUAAUAUGAUACGCAUUACUGAAAAUAGUAUGUGAUUUCAACAGUAUGUUUAUUUAAAUAACUGUCCAUCAUGAUCAAUUAAUCUUCAUGCCUUCCAGGACUGAAUUAGUGAUCAAAAUCGUUGAUUGACAUUGAAGGUGUAGUUUCUCAUGUACUCUAAUUGCUAGAAAUGUUAUUGAACACUUAUUGUAAUAUUUAUAUUCAGUGUAAACGCGGUAUUAUGAAGAUUACAUAAAUAUAUAGAUAUAUGUAGAAAGAUAUGUAAGUGUGGAAGUUAGUCUAUUAAGUUUUCCAAUAAAACAAAAAUCCUAGAGUUUGCGAGGAAAAUAGUUAUUUUGCUGUCAUUAACACUACUAAUGAAGCACAUGUUUUGAUAACUGUAGUGGGUUAAAUUUUUGUCCAAUUGACCAACUCUUAUUCUACUCCUCAUGCAGCUCUUCUAGGGCUACUGUCGGUCACAAACCCGGUUAAAGGUGGAGAGUUGGGCGUGGAGUCUGCAACCCCAUCUUAUAGAAAAUAAUCUUCCUAAAAAACACUAACCAGAAUAAACAACUUAAAUCAUAUAAAAUCUGUCUUCAACUCUGUCCUCAGAGUUGAAGGAAGUAUUAUGAUGUCUCAUGAUGAAAACUGAUAUUCUUCUGGAGUCACGAGGCUGAUGCCCCUUCUGACAACCAGAGCAACAAUUAAUAUAGGUAUAUGGAAUGUCCGGGCAAUGCGGGAGACUUGGAGGACCAGCCAAAUAUAUGGAAAUGAGCAGAUACAACUUGGCACUACUCGAAAUCAGCGAGGUUCAUUGUAGUCUAAGAUAGAAAAGGAUAGAUUCAGGAGAGAUGCUGCUGUAUUCUUGUCACGGAGAAGAAAAUGCUCCACACACUCAUGGAUUUGAUCUAAUGCUGUCCAAAGAAGCAAGUAAAGCACUUAUGGGUUGGGAAUCUCAUGGAUCUGGGGCCAUCAAACAUCAUUCAAUAGAAAGAAGGUGGGAUCUUAACUUUGAAUCUUCAAAAAAGGAAGGGGAGGUGCUAUGAUGGAAAGAAAAGUCAAAAUUCGAUUGACUUACUAAUUAUGAGUUUUGUUCAACAUUACUUCCGUUCUGAUUCAAUGUGAUGAUCAUUCCGUGUAGUAUUUGUUUUAUUUUUCUCGUAUGAUAUUUUAUUCCGUAUAAUAUACGAUAUUCUUGUAUUCAAUUGACAUGAACCAUGCUCUAUAUGUAAUUUGUUAUAACUGAGUAUUUUUAUAAAUAUGAUUUCAUCCUAAUUUUUAAUCAAAGUGUGUGUACGAUCAAUACAUAAAUAAGUGUAUUUUCGACUAGGGUCGUCGUCGUGUUUUGGGGUUAAUAAAUCUUCACUUAGACCAGUCUUUGUGUUCUUACUUUUGCGUCGUGGGAGUUGCAGAGGUCCCUUGUUUCGAGUAUAAGUGAUAAGAGUUUCCGACACAACAAUCAGCGACAACCAGAUAUAACAAGUGGCAUUCAACUGACAAGUUUUAACAAUUGGCGACGGGGAUGGGAUAAAAAAUUCUGAACCCUCAAUUUUUAAAUGAGCGAAUCAAGGUCAGGCUGUAAUUGGACAAAAUUCAGUGUAAUUAUUUCGAGCAAUCAGCGUACGGGGUUCUCGCCGGUGUCCUUGAACGACAUUGAUUGUUAAUUUGAAGACUGAGGGUUCAGAAUUUUUUAUCCCAUGGAAAAAGCUGCAAGAAAAGGAAAUAUGGAACAACUAUAUGACACGACGAAGAAACUAACAGCCUAUGGUCCUCCGUGAGGUGUAAUCGGCCUAAGUGAGUAUUCUAUGAAACUAUUAGUUGGUUAAUUGAAUUUCGUGUAGAAUGUUUGCUGUUUUAUUAAGAAUUCAUUCAUUUUUGUGUUUUUUCUUUAUGCCUUCCCCUGUGUAUCUUUGGCAACCAGCAACAAAAGUUAAACAGGCUCGACCAAACGCUUCAGUUCGUGAAAAUAUUCUUUAUACGCAUCUGAAACGGUUUAUGUCUGAACUUUCUAAAAGCUACCAUGAUAUAUCGUCAUCAUCAUCGCACAUUGAAACAACAGAUAAAAACAUUUCAAUGUUACGAUCCAAUUCUUGGGCAGAUGAUCAGUUGAUCAGUGAUUUCUCCAAACUAGAUUCAGAAUGGUCAAGAAACAAAUCUGCCGAUAAUAUUCUAAGUGAAUAUCAACUAUCUCAAUAUGAUCUUGGUUUGAGAAUGCCAUAUAACCCUGGACUAAUAACUCAUAGACUUGACAUUACUGCUUGUUCUUACUUUACAUCAUUCACUUGUCCAUUGAGACUUGUAUUUCAUGCAUUGGAUGCCGGUACUGAACCAUUUAUGGUUAUGUUUAAGGUUGGUGAUGAUUUACGUCUGGAUAGUUUAAUCUGUCAGCUGACUUUUCUUAUGGAUCGAAUAUGGUUAGAUGCUGGAUUAGAUUUACGCAUGAUUCAUUUUCGUAUUCUGCCAACCGAAGAACAAAAAGGUUUUAUUGAAUUGGUUUCAGAAUGUAGUACACUUCGACAGAUUCAACAACAAGGUGGUGGUUUAACUGGACCUUUCAAAGAAGGUGUUAUCACGAAAUGGUUGCAAUCACAAAAUAUUACUGAAUUGGAUUAUAAACGAGCUUUAGAUAAUUUUCUACGUUCAUUAGCUGGAUGCUGUGUAGCAACGUAUAUACUCGGUGUCGGUGAUCGGCAUAAUGACAAUAUUAUGAUACGUUAUUCUGGCCAUGUAUUUCAUGUUGAUUUUUCUAAGGUAUUUGGAAAUAGCCAGACAUUUGCUGGUAUUAAAAGAGAUCGUGUACCUUUCGUGUUGACACAAGAUAUGUUACACGUGUUAAAUACCUAUUCUAAAGAUGUAACAAAUUUACCGUAUGGUGUAAAUAAUUCAUCGGGAUUUGGUUAUACACCAGGUCAUGGGUCUAGUCAUUCACAACAAGGUGUACAAAUCUUUAUUGACAGAUGUUGUGAAGCUUAUAAUUUACUAAGACAUCGUUCAUAUCAACUGAUUUCAUUGCUUGAAUUAAGUUUAUCAAUGAAUAUACCAGGAUUGAAUCGUGACUGUAUUCGAUUUGUUUUAAGAGCACUACGAUUAGAAUUGAAUGAUCAAGAAGCGAGUCAAUAUUUUACUGAAUUAGUUCGUAAGACUUUACACUCAAAAUCUUCUAGUCUGAACUUUUUUGUACAUGGAUUGGCUCAAGUUAAACAAGCUUCUCAUGGUGGAGGUGUUUCUGGCACAAAUACAAAUGCAUCUGACAAUAAUUCCCCUCCAAUCAUAAACAAUCAAUUUGAUAAUCAUUGGAAUACAGAUAAUAAUAUGAAUAGUAACAAUAAUAAAAGAGUUAACAACAAUAAUUCAAACAUUAGUGGUAAAUUGGUUAAUGAUUCAAAGACUCGAUCCCCUCCGACUAUAAGUAAUUCUCUUUCAAAUUACAAUGGAACUGGACAAAUAUUUAGUUUUAACCCGAAACGCUUCACAAAUGACUCAGAUGGAACUAUUGAUGCGAUUGUGGUGGAAAUUGCGGUGAAAAAGAAAACUGAUGAUAAACAUUCCGUGAGUUCGAUUAAGUGUGAGGAAAUAAGUGAGAGAGCAUUUGAUGAGUUUGCUUUUCUUCCAUGUUUCCUUUUUGUUCUAUAAUCUGUCCCAUAAUCACAACGUAGAACCUGACAUGAAUGUGUUUCUGUCCACGAUGCCACACUUCACAUCGGAUUAGAGUGAGUGUUGGUAUGAAACGGUGGAUGAUAACCAGUAAUAUGAAUUUCUGUGGGAAACCAAAAUUUUAAAAAUAGUUUAACAAGAACUAUUUGAACUAAAGCGUGAAUAAUGUGGAAUGAAAUCAAGCACAAUAUUUAAAGGAAGAGAGAAAAGUAAAACGGGACCGUGUUACUGUGCCAUGUUGCCUAAUGUUUCCAAACCGAGAUCAUAAUUAUCGUUCUGAAUUUAACUAGAAGCCCAUAUCUUUCUACACGGCUCAGACCGGCGACCACCGACUGCAUAAACCAAUGACAUGUUUUCAGUUGGCGGCUCCUAACGUUUUUCUAACUAAUUUUUAUGCUAACGUACAAAAUCAGAACCGACGGCCAAUAGGGCUAGACAAUAUAUCUUUCAACCACGUCAUUCGAUAUUUUAUGUACUUCUUUAACCUAAACCUCUACACCUAAGUUCGAUAUUAUUAAAUUGGUGGCAUCAUCAUACUUAACCAUUUCUUGUGAAAUUCCCAUGAUCAGAAUAACCACACCCUUCUCAUGUUUCCCCUGAUUACAUUGGUCAUGCUUCAUUGCUUUCAAACAAUAGAGAGGAACCUACUGCAUGGUAUACUCACCCUUUGAUGAAUAUUACCCCUGAGUUCACUAAAGUCUAAUAGGCUUUAUGUAUUCGUGGAUAAAUCUUGUCAGUUGCAGAUAAUUGAGAUGUUUUACACAUCUGACCACAUCUCUUUCAAUCAUCAAACGAAUCGUUGACUUAGACGAGUUUCGAAGCAAUAUUUUCCAUUCAGAUGAAGAGAAUCUCAUUCCAAACAUCUUUGUAUUACAACAUACUGUGUUCAGAAAGCUUACAUUCGUCAUCUGGUAAAAAGAAAUACGUCAUUUGAUGAAUACUCUAAUUUGUCUAGACGCUUUUCGGUUGAUGGGUUAAUCUCUUUAAAAGUUUGACGGAUAAAGCGCUUUAUUUUAAACGAUAUGUAGGACAACAUUUAAUAAGUCGGAGAUAGUGAACGAAUAUCACUUGACGUAGCUAGUUCCAUUAACAGUUCACUGUGAACUCUAACUUGAUUCGUAGUGUACGUUAUAAAGAACCUUCAAUGGGUUUAAAUAUUUCUCCAGUGUGCAUUGCUAUGACAAAUACUGUCAUAAAAUCUAUCGAUAAACAAAGUUAUGUAUAGUCUUCUGUUCGUGGAAUGAGACUACAGUUAGACGAUACUAUGUCUAAGUUCAAGAACCUCUAGUGAAUGAUGUAUAUCUAUUCAUUUUGUAUACAUGUGUCUUUAUUGGGUUUACUGUUUUAGAGAAGUCUCUAAAAAGUCUUCAGAUACACGAAGGAUGAACUGAUCUGGUUUUGUAUUUUACUUUCUUGAUGUUAGGUGAAUAAUCAUACUUAAUUUAUGCCUCGGAGAAACACGGUUACCUAGUCUUUUUUGUGUGAUGUGAAUAUUAAUAGUAAGAUAUCGAGAGACCAAGGAUAGCAUUUGUCCGCGCUGUUUUAUAAGACAUUAGAGAUAACAUGGGAAACAUGAAAGUAAACAGUUGACGAGCCCUUGUGUUAAUGAAGGUGAGUAAGGGAUUAGCACUUUUCCCUUACUUAUAUUGUUGUAGAAUAUUUAUUUUUGAAAAAACUAACCAAUCAUCAAAAGUAUUGUCGACUCAUUAGAGCGACUCUGAAUAACGGUUGAAAACUCUUUAAGAGUAGCUAUCUCUAUAAUAUUGGAUCCCUACUUCUUGAAAUCUUGCCACUGGAGCUGAAAAUUCACGAGGAAGGUAGUUGAAAACCAAUCUUUUCUAAUCUAUAUAUCUGUCUCCAAUAUAGUAGCUUCACUGGAGGUGCUAAUUAUCCGUGGGAAACAACCGUCUGCCAUUGUAUUUCGGUGAAGUCGGUAGUACCAUUUUGUUUUACAAUCUGAAAGUUUCUUCACUAGGUCAAACUAACCUGUUUGUCAUGACAGGACUUCAGUAAACAUGUUUGCAGUUCAUUUUGGCCACUAAGAUAUGCCAGUUUUACCCAUAUAUCAAUGUAACAUCUAUGACGAGGUCUGUAAUGUACACGUGUUAUUUUUCACGUCUUACAUACCUGAAGUCGUUGCAUACAUUGUUCUUUCUAAAGCUUUCUUGGCUAUCGUAAUACACUUCAACUAUUGAUUUGGUGUAAAUGUAUUAUGAAACUUACCUUCAUACUUUACACUUAAAGCUACUGUAGAGUUAUAUUUGAACAUAAUUUUCGAAUUGUUUCAUAUAUAUUUUGUAAAGUAAAUCGUUUCUUUUUUGAUAUAUUUAUUUGAUAGUAAUUUAUAUUUCGUUCUUAUAGGAUUAUUACUUCCCAAUGAAUGUUUGGCGGGAAAAUUGUCGAGUUCCAACUAGAGUUUAUCGUCGUGUUUCAGAUUUAGAAGAAUUAGAAACGCGAUUGCAAGAACGUUUUCCAAAUUCAGCUGUUACUAAAACUGUGUCGCAUAUCAUGAAUGCUUUAAAUUCAAUAAGUAUUAGUUCUACACGAUCUCAAGAUCAUGUGCAAUCUUUAACAGACAGCUUACUUUCAGAUGAUGAUAUUGUGUCCAAAAGUGCAAUCGUAUAUACUUUUUUUCACAGUGUAUUGUUCGAUGAAAGAUUUACUGCUGAAGACAUGCCAUCACAAGCUGUUUAAUUAACUUCUUCGUUACAUCCCCGGAUCGAAUGAGCCACCAGAUGUGUAUAUAAAAGUUUAUUUACUUUCUGGCCGACGUCGUAAAACAACUAAACAUAAAACAAACAUUGUUCGACGCUCUAGCUUUCCAUCAUUCAAUAUCACAGUAAAUCGUGAUCAUGUCUCUUAUUUUGCAAGAGUUUGUUUUUUUCGUUUUUGUAGUAUUUUCAUGAUCUUUAGAAUGCAUAGAUUUUUUGAACACUACCUUUGUUUGACACUUUUUUUGAUAAUAUUUACUGAACCGGUAGUUUAAUCUUAUCUCUGUAUUCGUAUAAGCAAUGUUGUUCUUUUAAACCAAAUAGGCUCUUGUCGAUAUAUCCUAUUUGUCUCCAUUGUUCAAUAGAUUUUGGGAGAUCUCUAUGUCAGAUGAUGUCUUUCCUCGUGAUUAGACCUGGUACAUGUUAGAAAUAAAUGGUCGUCUCAGCUUGGCUGAAAUAUAUAGUCAUCAUUGUCUGUUCGUUGAGCUGAAACACUAUAAGACUCACUUAAGUGUCUUUUAGCUUAGUCCAGAUUACCUACUGAAGCAAAUAAACCAUCUGCUAUGAUUGUUACGUCUCAGCGCUUAGCUUUUUGAAGAAGGCCUGAUUGCUUUUUUGUAAAACUCAUCUGUUUUUGUUUAUCCAGACUGCAGUCAAUGGAAAUAUAGGCAAUGCAAUACGAGAGAGCCUGCUCUGAUUAUAAAUCUAAUCAUUUGUUUGUAUCAGCGUGAACACAAGAAGUAGAAAUCAAGGUAUCAAAUAUACAGAGGAUAAACCGGUCUCAAUACUGGCUAGGUGAGGUCGACGAAAUAACCACAUUCAGAUAAUAUAAGAUUCAGAAAAGUAGAAUAUUGAUAUUACCAGAUGCUGAAGUUCUAUCUAAUAAUUCCUGUUGUCUGACUGGCUCGGAUUUUGGAAGCUUCAUCAUAUUUAGAUAUUAGUUUCAAAUUAUCAGGGAUAGGAUUUUCUAAACUGAACCCCUUAGGAUUGUGGUGCUUGGAAAUAAAGGUAGAGUCAUAAGAAAAGUUAGCGAAGAAAAUUUUCUUUUCGACGAAAGCAUUUCCUCAAGCUAUUUCUUCGUAUUUAUAGUUGUAUGGUAAUUAUGUCUCCAUAGAAGGAUAAAAAAGAUUGCAUCAUAAAUUGAUUCGAUACUUUUAUUAUCAAAUGAGGUUACGCAAUAAUCAAGGGGUAAGUGAAUUAAUUUACGGGUCAGAAUUAUGAAAGAUAAUUGUCCACUUGACAGUAAUGAGGAAAAACGAAAAACUUAAAGUUAUAAUAAUAAAAAUUGAGUAAUAAUUGUGAAAAAUUGUUUAGGGGUAAUAAUAACUCAUUACGGUUCGAAAUUACAAAACACUAAAGAAGUCAAUAAUAAUAAACCAGAGCAUACCACAAAAAGAAAUUAGGAGGAAAGAAGGAUGAGAAGUUAGACGUUUUCGCACGCAAAGUUCGGGCUUGAGUUGGUUUUAUUCGUUAAAUUCUCUAUAUUUUUAUUCAAUGACAAUGAGUUAUUUUAAUUAUUUGAUUGAAAAAGUAUUAAAAAGUAAGGAUGGAAUUUAAUAUGAGUAGUGUGAUUUCGUGUGUUGUUUGGGUUAUAUGAGCUGUUGUUCACAACGUGGAAGGAUGCUCCUUCUUGAGGUAUACAUAAAGGAAUCUAGAUUAAUAAUAGUUUUAGCUACCUAAGAGCAUCGAAGACAGCCACACACCUUCCUUUUCAGACUUCGUCACCAGCGACAGAAAUUCGUGAGCUAAGGUGGGAUAUGCUGAUUUUAGUACUAAUCUUUCCUAACCACAUUUUUCUGCUAUGGAAAGAUACCAUCGCUGUAGAUGCUGGGUUUUUUUUAGGUAAACACUUUACUGCCGCCCCAUCCCAACAAAUUAUAUUUCACCCUUGGUUAAUGCGUUUUGUGCUUUUAUUUGAACCGUCCUCCAACCGAUCUGUCUAGCAUGAUGGAACAUAAAAGACCAAAUGUUCAACUUGUGUAGCCAUAUUGAUCCAUCAUGAUUGGAAAACUGGACUACUAUCAGUGUAGCAUAUACAGUUGUGAUGUUUGACUAAAACAUGUUUAGAAUUUAGAAUAUAAUCAAAGCAAAUAAGACUUAUUAGUUUUAUUGAGCAUAUAUAUUAAACGGAAUGUUAAUAUUAGUGCUGAAAGUUUUAAACGGAUCAAUAAUUGACAAAUGGCUCUCAGGAUGUGAUAGCUUGAAUAUCAUGGUUUUGAUAACUGAUCGUAUUAGAUGGGAUACUAUUGAAUAUGAUAUGUAUUAGUAACUUGUCCCCAGUGAUAACAUUACAAAUGAUUGAACCCUCGUGUUCACAAGAUUAUUUUCAAUAGUCGAAAUGACUUGAGAAUUGGUAAAAACUAGAUUUGAUAGAACUUGACUAGUGUAUAUCUGUUUAAAGAAUUAUAAAUACGAUUUUAUUCUGAUAUUUUGGCGUUUAAUAAAGUAAACCAAAAUAUAUUUGAAAUGUAUUCGUUAAGUCUCAAACUUUUUAUUAUUAUAAACUUGUGAGUUUUUUUUCCUAAAUUAUAGAAGUUAUUUUCCUGUUGCCUAAUUGUAAUGUCGAGUUUCUUUUUUUUUUUUUACAUUUUUCACCGAUUAAUAUUUGACGACUUCGUACUAUUAAUAGUUUUCCUAUGACCUCAUUCCAAAUGAUAUACAGUGUGGUUUUAUUGAAGUUUCUGCCUGGCAUUCUGUUCAUAUUGGUGAAAAUAUACCAUUUGGACAAAUCUACAUUCAACUGAAAUCAAUUCGUCCAGGACAUGUAUACUCAAACUGGUAUAUACUAUGCUCAGAUCCAGCGUGUUUAAGUUAAUUCCUUUACGGAUAAAAUACUAAGCCUUACAUUCUGCCCACCGCUUUCAAUUUAUUUAUUCUUAAUACACAUAAACUAGUUCCGUCGUUGGAACAAAGUAUACAUCAUAAACUUCUUAUUUCUACUCUAUUACCUACGAAUUUAAUUUGUGACUCGUUUAUUCCAACUACACAUGUAUUAUUUAUGCAUUAAGAUCACUCCAACUAUUUAAUUGUCUUCUCACUAUUAUAUUUUUAUUGCUUCAAUGAAAUUCCCUACACUAACAAAUCCCAUAUUAUAGAUCCACUGAACAAUCAGCCAUCUCAUCUAUUGACACGCGGAACGAAGCAGUGUGACUUCUUACGGAGCUGCUUAACAUAUCGAAAACUUUAAAAUCCCUCUUUUUUCAAAUGAGUAGAAUACAUACAUCUAUACUUAUACUUAUUUAGUCACCUGUUUUUAGAUAGAAAAUAAAGUAAGCUUCCGUAAUCAUUCUCUCUUACUCAUAUGCUCACAUUUCGGCAUGUUAUAGAUUCUAUUGUAUUCUUCUGAUUUCUUUCCAUUACCAAGAAGCAGUCAGAAAUAAUAAAAAAACUAAUCUGACUUGUAAGCAACGCUUGCAUUUCCUUUGUCCUAUUUCGAUAAACCUCUAUUGUGUAAUAAUUUUAUUUUCAUGUAUUGUUUUACAAUGGUCAAAAUCGACGUGUCGGAAUACUUCUUUUGUAUGAUAUGAGUCUAAUAAAUAAAAUGAAAUUUGUAUUUGUGCUUGUAAUCAUUGGAAUAUACAUAUACACUAAUGUACUGUUGAUUUCCUUUUAUAUUGAUCUUUUUUAUUGUUGUGAUUGUUUUCUCUUAUGAUUUGUGUAUACUUGGUUGUGUAAAAUAAUGUCUUUCCUGUAUGUAUAUAGAAUAAUAACUGUUUAUUAUAGUCUACAUAAUAUUUUUUAAUAUUUUUGAAAUGAUUUUUAAUGUGAUUAAUAUCCAUAUACUCAUUCGUUUCUUCCUUUUUUGGUAAAGAUUUUUAUUAUGAAAAUGAAUAAAGUGAUUGUAGUUAUAAACUAUUGUUCCAUUGUUUUAUGAUUACAAUAUGGUAUAUGUUAACAAGUGUAAUAAUUCAGUUUAUAAAAUCGUUAACUACUGGCCUAAUCCAUUUUGAUGUGCGGAGUUCCUACUUUGGGCGAUCAUAGUACUCACUAUCAACGGUUAGAGACUUAAAGUAACAUUGCACAAAGUCAUUUGAAGUAGCCCGAUUGUAUUUGUUCCUUAUGUUAGCAUAAAUCUUCAGUUAAGUGUUAUUCUUAACUUGUCUUUUGAUCUCAUUUGUUUAUUUCGAACUGUUUCCCUUUGAUAGUUUACUUCAUGAAUUGAUCUUACUUAAGCUACCACUGAAAAGCAUGAAACAUU